GACAGAUAUGGAUAACAAUAGUGACAGUAGUGAUGAUAUGAUUGAUACAUUCCAGCUUCAAUUCCUUGCAGUAGCAUCCGAAUAUGAUAUGAUUACAAGUUCCAGGAACAAUUACUCUCGUAGAGGAAGUGUUCCAUGUCGAACUGGUGCUUUGAAGGGUUAUGAUUGGGUGGUUGACAUCUUGAAUGGUAACCCAGUUCGAUGUCAAGAGUCAUUUAGAAUGCAUGUCCACGUGUUUAAGAGCUUAUGCAGGGUCCUUAGGGAUGAUUAUGGAUUAGAAUGUUCCACUCAAGUUGGCAUUACUGAGAUGGUUGCAAUGUUUGUCUUCACACUUGGACAUGCUCAGUCAAACCGUGAUAUUGGGGAGCGUUUUCAACACUCAGGAGAGACAAUCAGUCGCCUAUUUCAUAAGGUGUUACAAGCUGUAAUGAAGAUGUCUAAAGAUCUAAUCAAACCAAGAGGAGAUCAGCUUAAUGAAACCCCGAGAUAUAUUAGGGAGCAUACAAAUUUAGGGUAUCGCAUAUGUUUUAAGGACUGCAUUGGUGCAUUGGAUGGGACACAUAUACCUGCUAUUGUCACACCAGAGAAGAGACAAAAGUAUAUUGGGCGAAAAGGAGUCCCAACGCAAAAUGUGCUAGCCGUAUGCGACUUUGACAUGUUUUAUACCUAUGUUUCAGCCGGAUGGGAGGGAUCUGCACAUGACAGUCGGGUAUUGGAACAUUCCCUACGUCAUGAGAUUCUAAAUUUUCCAAAACCCCCUCUAGGUAAGUAUUAUUUGGUGGACGCUGGAUAUGCAAAUAAGACGGGUUUCUUGGCACCAUACAAAGGGGAAAGGUACCAUGUUCCGGUAUUCCAGAAUGGGGCUCCCGCAUCUGGACCUCGUGAAGUGUUCAACAAAGCGCAUGCUAAGCUAAGAAAUGUCAUCGAAAGGACAUUUGGAGUUACCAAGAAGAAGUGGCGAAUAUUAGGGUCAAUGACUUCUUUUGAUACCAAGAUACAGGCGAAGAUUGUGAUAGCGUGCAUGACGCUUCAUAAUUUUAUUAAACUCAAUGCUGAAAUUGAUUAUGAUUUUAAUGAAAUUGAAUCAAUGCCUGUGGUCGAAGAUGAGAUCAUGCCCGAGGUCGUGGUUGAAAAUGUGGUAGAGGAUGAUGAAGACAAUUUGCUCAUUGACGACGCCAACAUGGCACAAUUCCGGGAUUUGGUUGCACAACAACUCAUCAUCAUAUGAUGUCCUUUUAUUUUUAAUGUAUAGACUUAUUUGAAUUUAUUUAUAUAUAUUUGUAGGACGGAAUAUUAUGAAACUCUUCUAAUUAACUAUUUAUAAAUAUUUUAAUUAAUUAUCUUUGUUUUAUAAAUUAAUUGUUAUUUAAUCUGACAUUUAUAUGCAUCUGCUAUAACUAAAAUACCUAAUACCCCUGUGCGUAAUUUGCCUCAGAAUAUUAUCCAGCAU